CGUGCAUCUGGCAGGACGCGUACACAGAGCCACUCCGGUUUGCAGUCUGCAGUUCCAUGUAGCGUUCUGUGUGUAUAUCUAGCAACGGAACUGUAAACUAGCAACAGCAAAAAUAACUAGUUUUAUGUAAUCGGGACUCCCUCCGGGUGUACAUAGGGUUGGUUAAAUCGCCCUUAGAAAAUAAUAGAGCAAUAAAUAGUACGGUUGAGUUGUGUAUGCGUUGUCCGAUUGACAUAUCGAUAAAAUAAAACUGAAUUCAAUUUUGGUUUCUAAUGUCCUCAAACGUUGAGUACUAGCAGUGUCAGUUUGCGGUGGUGAAAGAGAAUAGUGAAGUGCUUUAUUUAACAGUGUGGUGGACCCUGAGGAGAUUCUAUUCAUAUUGAUCAAAAGGCAUCAUUGGUAGCAGACAGCUGUCAUUAGGCAACUGGAGGACGAGCAAUGAGUGCAGUCAAUAACAGCAGACACCAGAAGCUGGAGCAGCAACGACAAUUGAUGGAGGCUUACAUCAGACAGAAACGAGCAACGCCUGGGAUGGUACAAGCUAGUGAUCUGCAGCUGAUUCGGCCUAUGUCCGCCGUGAAUCGAAACGGCCGCGAAGUGCACGCCUACGAUGGACCGAUGCAAUUCAUGAUGUCACCGAGCAAUCCGGACCAAAUUAUCAGUUCACCGGUGGCGUUGACCAGUAAUAACAUCACCACCACCAGUGCCACAACGACCGGAAGUACGUCCAUCACAACGACACCGACUUCACCGUACAGCGAUGCAGCACUGGAAAAGCUUACACCAUCAUCCCAGGACAGUGAAGACGAAGAGAGCACACCGGUGGACAUACUUCCGAGUUCGAACAGUUUCGACCGCCACAGCUCGGACCACUUGGCCCACUCGGCACCGAUUUCCCCCGCCUUGAACAAUAACAGCCACCACGACGGCAGUUGCGGUAAUCUGAAAAGUAUAGAACAUUCCUCACCACAGGCUAGCGGUCAUAACGACACCGAGGGGGACGUAAACGGACCGGUGGAACAGUGGGUCACGCAGCCCGCACCUCAGGGAGUAUUGUACAAAUGUCGAAUCACGCGGGACCGGAAGGGCAUGGAUCGGGGCCUGUUUCCGAUUUACUAUCUGCAUCUGGAGCGGGACUAUGGGAAAAAGUUAUUCUGCUUAGCGGGACGAAAACGUAAAAAGAGCAAAACCUCAAAUUACAUCAUCAGUUGUGAUCCGACCGACUUGUCGCGUCAAGCGGAUGGCUUUGUGGGGAAGCUUCGGUCCAACGUGUUCGGUACCACAUUCUUCGUGUACGACAACGGCAAGAAGGAGAACCUCGCCAACCCGCGCCUGGACCUUGCGGUAGUUAUUUACGACACAAAUAUUCUAGGCUUCAAAGGACCCCGCAACAUGACUGUUCUCCUGCCCGGUAUGACAGAAGACGACCAGCGAGUGAAAAUAAGCUCAGCGGAUAAUCACCAAGGUCUGCUGGACAGUUGGAAGUCGAAGAACAUGGACAAUGUCGUUGAACUGCACAACAAGACACCGAUCUGGAACGACGAAACGCAGUCGUACGUGCUCAACUUUCAUGGUCGGGUCACGCAAGCCUCGGUCAAGAACUUUCAGCUGGUGCACGAUUCCGAUCCGGAGUAUAUCGUGAUGCAGUUCGGGCGGACCUCGGAUGACAUUUUCACGAUGGACUUUCGCUAUCCGCUGUGUGCAUUCCAGGCGUUCGCGAUCGCGCUCAGUAGUUUCGAUGGGAAACUGGCAUGCGAAUAAGCGAAUGAGGGAAAACGCUUUUGUCCGAGCGCGCAAUUGGAAGAGAUUUUCUCGAUGAAGCAAUGAAUUUUUUCAGGUGUAUUUUGGUUCAAGUGUAACUCACCAUUUUCGCGUAAACGAGGAAUAGCGAGGGCGAGAAUACGCCUUACUAGCUUUAACAGAUGGCACAGGUCAAGUAGGGAUGUUAGUGUCGAAAGAAAACUUCGACACACAGGAGAUGCAUAGAUUUCUGUUCUUUGAAGGAAGAAAACAAACUCGCGUGGGAUGCGUCAAAUCCAAUUUUGAGUAGGUUACAUUGGUAGGCAACGUGAAGAGCUUUUAAGUAGAUUUGUAGGUUCGAAAUAAACGCUAUUUAUAUGUAAAUUAUAACCAAUUGAUGAAAUAAGAUGAAGCUAUCAGUAGGGAGUAGAUCGAAGAGAAGUGUCAUGUUAAUUUAAUGUUAGGUAAACAACUGCUUGCUGAACUUUUUCGCCAACCGUACAAUAAUUGAAAAAUCGUGAAAUUUCGAUCUGGACAAUAUCAUUUUUGUAUCAACUGUCAAUUUUUCCACGGUAUAGAAAUUUGAUGCAAAUCCAAAAAAAUUGAUGAAACUAUUAGAAGUUUAGACAAAUAAAAAAUACCUUUUUGGUUUCGUAUUACUUGUUCAGUAUUAAAGAUUUGAAACCAAAACAAAAAGACAAAUUAGAAAUAUAUUUGCUCACUUUUAACAAAAAUGACCUAGUACUUAUGCGAAUAUAAUAAUUGUGACUCGACCUCUCGCCGUGGUCGAGCGUCCUAUUAGGAAAGACAAGCAAAGCUGAAAAGACAAAUAAGAGACAACUUGUAGCAACUUUAACUAACGUCGGUGAUCGAACAAAACCGUGGACAUAAUUAUUCCACGGCUGAAGCGAAUUACUUGCUGUCAUUCCAUUUAACAAUUAACACUAUGAAAAAGAUCUAAGCUAAAGCUAGUUUAGCCGAGUCUUGAAACAAUGAAGACAAGGUUGUGUCAUAAUCAAAAGCAACUAGUGCGUACAUACAGUAGGUUAUCAGCGGACGAAAUCAUCACGUGUAAAUAGCAUAUAUAGCACACUUAAGCAGUUAACAAACACUGAAAUGCUGAUUAGGAUGAGUUCUAGGAUUUAUUUUGCGAAACGUACUGCUGUUUGCAUUGAGCGAAUGCGUUCAGGUUUUAAAGACUAACGCAAGUCAUGUGUGCGUGUGUGAUAAAUGAUUUUUGAUUGAAAAUUA